AUGGAUAAGCACAAGUAUCGCGUGGAGAUCCAGCAGAUGAUGUUUGUCUCAGGUGAGACUACGGAACCACCUUUGGAGACUACAUCCUUGAUUGAGGACAUAGUGCGAGGGCAAGUGGUAGAGAUAUUGAUGCAAGCAAACAAGACGGCACAGAGCAGGGGUGUCAAGAGUAUAUUACCUGAGGACGUUAUUUUCCUGAUCAGACACGACAAGGCCAAAGUGAACAGACUGAGAAGUUAUCUAUCCUGGAAGGAUCUGAGAAAGAAUGCGAAGGACCAAGAUUCCAAUGCCCCUGCAGGUGGUGGUGCAGAAGAGGAAGACUUGGGGAAGAAAGCUGGCGACAAAGACGAGAAGGAUAGUUCUGCAAAUAUGAAAGUGAAAAAGUCACAGAUCAAGCUGCCGUGGGAGUUACAAUUCAUGUUCAAUGAACAACCAUUGGAAAACAAUGAAGAUGCAGACGACAUUGACGAGGAUGAAAGAGAAGCAAAUAUUGCUACGCUGAAGAGAUUAAAGAUGAAUGAUGACAGAACGAGAAAUAUGACUAGAGAAGAGUACGUACAUUGGUCUGACUGUAGACAAGCCUCAUUUACUUUCAGGAAAAGUAAGAGAUUCAAGGAUUGGUCUGGGAUAACUCAAUUGACUGACGGUAAACCACAUGAUGAUGUUAUAGAUAUUUUGGGUUUUUUAACUUUCGAAAUCGUUUGCUCAUUGACUGAGACUGCAUUGAAAAUAAAGAAACGUGAACAGAUACUGCAGAACCAGAAACAACAAUCUCAAAACAUACACCAGGAUGUAAGUCUAGACAAGUCUGCGAUUACCCGAAAGAAACGGCUCUUUGAUAAUCUUGAUGAUGAAGUAAAUCCGCUAAAACCCAAUCAUGUCGAAGAAGCUUGGAGGGUUUUGCAAAUGAUCGACAAGAAACACAGAGCGUUAACAAAUUUCCGUGGUGGGAGGUUAUCUUCUCGACCAAUUAUUUUGUGA